AUGUCUGACGAUGACUUCAUGCAAGAGUCGGAUGAGGAGCAGUACGACUUUGAAUACGAGGACGACGAUGAGGAGGAGUCGGGCGAUGUCGAUAUCGAGAACAAAUACUACAAUGCCAAGCAGAUGAAGGGCUCAGAUCCCGAAGAUGCCAUCGCCGAAUUCCUAGCCAUACCCGACCUAGAGAGCGAGAAGGGCGACUGGGGUUUCAAAGGAUUGAAACAAGCUAUAAAGCUCGAAUUCAAACUCGCCAAAUACGACCACGCAGUGCAGCACUACACCGAACUCCUUACCUACGUCAAGUCGGCUGUGACGCGCAACUACUCGGAGAAGUCAAUCACCAACAUGCUCGAUUUCGUCGAGAAGGAAGCCGACAACGACAAUGCUCAAAAGUUCUUGGAGAAGUUCUACUCGCUGACCCUCGAGUGCUUCCAGAGCACAAACAACGAGAGACUCUGGUUGAAGACCAACAUCAAGCUCGCUAAGCUCCUGCUCGAUCGUAAAGAAUACCUGACCGUCACGAGGAAGCUCAGGGAGCUUCAUAAGGCAUGCCAGAAGGAAGAUGGCACCGACGACCCCAACAAGGGCACCUACUCCCUCGAGGUCUACGCCCUAGAGAUCCAGAUGUAUUCCGAGACUAGAAACAACAAGCAGCUCAAGGUCCUGUACCAGAAGGCCCUCAAGGUCAGGUCCGCAGUACCGCAUCCUAAGAUCAUGGGAAUCAUCCGCGAAUGUGGUGGAAAGAUGCACAUGAGCGAGGAGAACUGGGAGGAUGCGCAGAGCGACUUCUUCGAGUCAUUCCGCAAUUAUGAUGAGGCCGGGUCUCUACAACGCAUCCAGGUCCUCAAGUACCUACUUCUCACCACAAUGUUGAUGAGAUCCGACAUUAAUCCUUUCGACUCCCAGGAGACGAAGCCUUACCGCAAUGACCCGCGCAUCGCUGCCAUGACGGAGCUCGUGGACGCCUAUCAACGCGACGACAUGCAUCAAUACUCCAGAGUCUUGCAGUCAAAUCAAGAUAUCCUGGCCGAUCCGUUUAUUGCCGAGAACAUCGACGAAGUCACCCGCACCAUGCGCACCAAGGCUGUAAUCAAGCUCAUCGCACCAUACACUCGUACCAAGCUAGCCUGGAUAGCCCGCCAGUUGAAAAUCACUGCCGCUGAGGUGCAGGAUAUUCUAGGUUUCCUCAUUGUGGACGGCAAGAUCAACGGCAAAAUUGAUCAACAAUCUGGCACUCUCGAAAUCGAGUCCGGUGGGGAUUUAGAGCGCGUCAAGGCCAUUGAGACCUGGGCUACUGCCCUCUCGAGCCUGUACACCACCAUCUUUGAAGGUGACGGCCUGAAGCCAACAUUGUCGAGUCAGAUCCCUCUACCAACCAAGACUUCUGAAUACAAGUCGCGUUAUGUUGAUCCUGGCUUAUUGGUUGUUGACGUGUCCUGA